AUGGAUAAUUAAGACUCAAUAUCAUCAAGUGUUUUAUUUUAAGAAGCAAUUGAUUUUUUAGUUAAAAUAUUUGAGAUCUUUAGAUUUCCAUAAAUAAAAAUUUGUUUUAAUGGAGGAAAGGAUGCAACAGUUGUUUUGUAUUUAGCGAAAAUGGCUUUAGAGAAAUUAUAAAUUUCUACUUAAAUUGAAUGUAUAUACUUUAAAGAAAAGGAACCAUUUCCUGAAAUUAUAGAGUUUAUGGAAUUAUAAUAGAAAGCUUUAAACUUAAAUAUAUUAGAAUGCAAAGAAUGUGUUAAAUAGAGUUUAAAAUAAUAGGUGUAAUUACAAGCUGUAAUAAUGGGGACUAGAAGAAGUGAUCCUCAUGGAAAAAAUCUUAAUUUAAUAUCGAUUACAGAUAAUAAUUAUCCUAGUCUUUUACGUAUUAAUCCAAUUUUAGAAUGGAAUUAUUCUUAAAUUUGGGAAUUUAUAAGGACAUUUAAUAUACCAUAUUGUUCUUUAUAUGAUUAAGGAUAUAUGUGUUUAGGUGAAAUUGGUAAAACAUAACCAAAUAAAAAUUAUAAAAAUGGUAUGAAACCUUGGGAAUUUGAUCCUGAACAUGAAAGAUAAGACAGAAAAUGA